CUAAGCAGAACAGACUACAUCAGGAUCAUAUGAGAUAAAGUCAGAGAACAGUAUGUCUGAGGAUAUCUACGCCAAGCCAGACCUCACCAAGAAAGUUAGGUUUCAGACAGAGGAGAAGAAUGGAAAUGUAGACAUCUGUGAAGACAUCGAUUCUGUGACAAUCUAUGACAACUGCUGGGCAGAGGGAAGCACACCUCCGAAAUUACAGGACAACACCACUGAGGACCAACAGCAAACCAUUUCAGUCAGUGUCCCUCCAGAAAAGAGGAAUCUUGUCAGACCUGCUGCAGUGGUUCUGGUUCUGCUGGGUCUUCUCCUCCUGGCUGUAGUCGUUGCCCUGGUGGUCCUGUUGAUUCAAGACAAAAGUCUCAGUGUCAACCUGACCAGUGAGAGAGACCAACUACAGACAAACUACAGUGAAAUGAAACAACUCAAUCACAACCUGACGCAUAAGACAAACCAGUUAGAGAGAGACAAGGAAAAUCUCACCAAAGAGAGAGAUGAACUAUGGACAAUUUACAGUGAAAUGAAACAACUCAAUGUCAACCUGACCAGUGAGAGAGACCAACUACAGACAAACUACAGUGAAAUGAAACAACUCAAUGUCAACCUGACGCAAAAGACAAACCAGUUAGAGAGAGACAAGGAAAAUCUCAUCAAAGAGAGAGAUGAACUACAAAAGCAACUCGAGACAUCAUUCUGUCCUGCUGACUGGAUAAGGUUUAACAUCAGUUGUUAUUUAAUUUCCACCUCAAAGAAAAGCUGGGAUGACAGCAAACAGUUCUGUGAAAAUGAAAAAGCACACCUGGUGAUUGUAUCUGGUACAGAGGAACAGAGGUUUCUCAGCUCAUUGGGCCACAACAUCUGGAUUGGUCUGAAUGACAAAGAAAAGGAAAAUGUCUGGAAAUGGGUUGAUGGAACAGAGGUCACCACAACGUACUGGAAAAACAAUCAGCCAGAUAAUGGAGGGUCCAAAGGUUCUACAGGUGAAGACUGUGUUCACAUUACAGACCUGUCUGAUUUAAAUAACUGGAAUGAUUUGAGAUGUAAUGAUAAAUUAUACUUUAUCUGUGAGAAAAUACUUAAAUGAAAUCAAAUUAUUAUGGUGCUCUUGGACUGUUUCCACAUCUGUUUUGCUCACACAUGUAAAAUAAUAACAACCUGUAUAUUCUCCUCCUGAGAAAGUAAAGCAGAGCAUCUUUGUACUGAAAUUUUAAUCUAUAAAUAAUAGGGAUGGUGUCACAUCCCCUGUCAGCUGCUAGUAAUGUUUUCCCCCACCUUUAAGGUCUUGUUCUGGGAACUGGUCUCACUGGGAAACCCUGUAUCUCUUUCCAGACCAGUUACUUCCUGUCCUGCCCUCAUGCCUUAUUAACAGCCCCGCCCUAUGGGUUGUACCUGUGCCCCAUUUAAGCUCCCCCUUCCCUACCUCCUGUACCAGUUUGUAUUGAGUCCUGUACCAGUGUUCUAGCAUUUUUUGACGUCGCCUCUAGUUUUUGACCUGCCAUUUGCCCCUUUUUUGUACCUCUGCUUGGAUUCUCCUCUGGUGCCAAUAAAA